AUGUACUUGUUUCCCCCCCAAGAAAGCUGCCGCCUUGGCAGCGACAGCGGCGAGCCCGUCUACGUCACCGAGAUUACGUGCACCGCUGCCGGCCUGGCCGCCAUCUCGACGGACAAUGCGCUCACGCUCCUCGACCCCGCGCGGCUGUCAGCCGGGCCGGUCGCGACCUGGCAGACGGCGCACGGCGCGAGCGUGACGGCGCUGCGGGUGCUGGACGGCGCGCUGGUUUGCACGGCGGGCGAGGACGGCACGGUGGCGGUGUGGGAUCUCCGGAUCAACGGCGCCGGGGCCAAGGUAACUCAAUUCAAGGCGAGUGACGCGCCGAUUCUGUCCAUGGCGUGUAACAACUACACCAGGACGAUAGCGGUGGGCACAGAGCUGAAAGAUCACAUGGCUUCUAUACAUCUCUGGGACAUCAACGAUGGGCACACAGCCAAGGCGCACUACCAAGACGUACAUAGCGACGACGUGACGGAGCUGGUAUUUCACGAAACGCAGCCGGCGCUCCUACUAUCGGGGUCGACCGACGGCCUCGUCAACAUUUACGACACGCGCAUCGCCGACGAGGACGAGGUGACGGUGCAGACGUUCAACCACGGCGCCUCGGUGCAUCACGCCGCGUUCUUCGGGUCCUGGGGCGGCGAGGUGCUCGCCCUCUCGCACGACGAGCGCUUCGCCAUCUACGACGCCUCCGAGGAGGUGCGCAGCGGUGACGCCACGCACAACUUUGACAACGUCCGCCAGCUGCUCGACUGCCAGUACGUGGCCAACGUGAUGCCCAAGGCGGACGGUUCCGGCGCCAUCCUGGGCGCGGGUUCCCCAGAGUACGUUGCUGUCCCAUCCCAUUGUACCAUGCUUUGA